AGGGGUAGAAUGCUGGAAGCUGUGAGAAGUCUGAGACUGCAAAAGAGUCCGGAGUCGGGCGGCGAGUUGUUGGUGGAGCUGCUUCGGCUUGUCUCGUGCUCUUUCUGGCGCCCGUUAUAGUAGCUGCGUAGUAGCCGCGCGCGGGGCCACUGAGGGGAGACAGAAGGCUUUGGAGAGAUCGGCGGGCCAACCCGACGGCGAGCAACGAAGAAGAUCGGAAAGCGCUUCCUCACUGGGAGGGAAACGACGAAAGGAGCGGGAAGCUGCCUGGAGUCGAAGUUUGGCUGGACCCACUGCCGCCGCCGCGGCUGCUGAGAGGAAACUUUUCUCGAGGGGCCGGAGCCGGGGGAGGAAGAGAGGCGUCUCCGCCGCUGCUGCAGCAGGAGCCGGGGUUGGGCUGCUCUCUGCCGGACUCAGGGACUGCGUGUGGACUCUCGGGGGGGGGGAGGGGGUCUUUUUCGGCCCUGGCCGGGAUGUACCUGGCAGCGGUCUCGGCGGGGCGGAGGCGCCGGGGUGUCGGCGGCGGCUGGCAUUUGGCGGUGGGGUGGCUUCUGUUUCUGGCCAUACUCUUCUUGGGGGAGUCCGGGACGCGGGCGUUUGUCUGCCUGCCUUGUGAUGAAUCCAGGUGCGAGGAGCCCAAGAACUGCCCCGGCGGCGUCGUGCUGGAUAUCUGUGGCUGUUGUUUCAUGUGCGCCCGGCAACGCAACGAGAGCUGCGGGGGCUUCUUCGGGCUCCACGGCGCCUGCGACCGCGGGCUACGAUGUGUGAUCCGCCCGCCGCUCAGCGGGGACUCUCUCACGGAGUACGAAGCCGGCGUCUGUGAAGAUGAAAACUGGGAUGAUCAGCUACUUGGAUUUGAGCCUUGCAAUGAAAACCUCAUAACAGGCUGCAAUAUAAUCAAUGGAAAAUGCGAAUGUGAUACUAUUAGGACCUGUAGUAAUCCCUUUGAGUUUCCAAGCCGGGAUACUUGCCAGUCAGCUUUAAAAAGGAUUGAAGAAGAAAAGCCUGACUGCUCCAAGGCCCGUUGUGAAGUACAGUUUUCUCCUCGCUGUCCAGAAGAUUCUAUUUUGAUUGAAGGGUAUGCUCCACCUGGUGAAUGCUGCCCUCUGCCUAGCCGCUGCGUGUGCAAACCUACAGGGUGUUUGAGGAAAGUUUGCCAACCAAGCUAUUUGAAUAUAUUGGUUUCUAAAGCAUCAGGCAAGCCAGGGGAAUGCUGUGACUUCUAUGAAUGUAAACCAGUGUUCAGCAUAGACUGUAGCACAGUGGAAUGUCCUCCUGUCCAGCAAGUUGCUUGCCCCUUGGAUAGCUACGAAACUCAAGUAAGGCUGACAGCUGAUGGAUGUUGUACUCUUCCAACAAGGUGCGAAUGUCUCUCUGGUUUAUGUGGUGUUCCAAAAUGCGAGGCAGGCUACAUCCCCCAAAUAGUGUCACGUGGAGAUGGAACACCUGGCAAGUGCUGUGAUGUCUUUGAAUGUGUCAAUGAAGUGAAGCCAGCCUGUAUAUUUAAUAGUAUGGAGUAUUAUGAUGGAGAUAUGUUUCGAAUGGACACCUGUCGGUUUUGUCGAUGCCAAGGUGGUGUGUCAAUUUGUUUCUCGGCACAAUGUGGUGAGCUACAUUGUGACAGAUAUUAUGUACCAGAAGGAGAAUGCUGUCCAGUGUGUGAAGAUUCCAUUUCUCCAGUUAAUAACCCUGCUGGGUGUUAUGCUAAUGGCCAGAUUCAAGCACAUGGUGACCGCUGGAGGGAAGAUGACUGUACUUUCUGCCAAUGUAUGAAUGGAGAAUCCCAUUGUGUUGCCACAGCCUGCGGACAAAGCUGUUUGAAUCCUGUGAAAGUGCCUGGGGAAUGCUGUCCAAUGUGUGAAGAACCAACGUACAUCACAAUCGGUCCACCCACAUGUUAUCCUUUGGUGAACUGCACAUUAACUGAGAUGGAUUGUAUUUAUGACUUCAGAGUAGACCAAAAUGGUUGUCACAUCUGCCAGUGCAAAACUAGAGAGGAGUUGUGUACUGACCUCAUGUCAGGUUGUUCCUUGGAUUGUGCCUUCGGUUUCCAGACUGAUGUCCACAACUGUAAGAUCUGUCAGUGCCGCCCACGUCCUAAGAAAUGCAAACCCAUAGUAUGUGACAAGUACUGUCCGUUUGGAUACUUGAAGAACAAACAUGGAUGUGAAAUAUGUCGCUGUAAGAAAUGCCCAGAACUUUCAUGUGGUAAGAUUUGUCCAAUGGGCUACCAGCAAAACAAUCAAGGAUGUCUUGUCUGCAAAUGUACAGAGAUACCUGCUUCUGUAAUGCCACCAGCUAAAGCAGGUUCUUGCUUGUCAGUGGAUGGGAACCGUCAUGAAAACGAGGAAAGUUGGCAUGAUGGCUGCCGUGAAUGUUACUGUCAUAAUGGACGGGAGAUGUGUGCUUUGAUUACCUGCUCUGUACCAAACUGUGGCAAUCCCACCAUACAUCCAGGACAAUGUUGUCCGUCGUGUCCAGAUGAAUCCCUUGUGCAGAAGCCAGAACUCAGUGGUCCAACCAUCUGCUAUAUUCCAGGAGGAGAGUAUUUUUUGGAAGGAGACACGUGGAAUAUUGAUUCUUGCACACAGUGUACAUGUCAUAAUGCACGGGUUUUGUGUGACACUGAAGUCUGCCCACCUCUUCUUUGUCGAAACCCCUCCCGUACUCAGGAUUCAUGCUGCCCACAGUGUCCAGAUGAGCCUGUUCAGCCUUCCUUGUCAAGCAAUGAGAGCAUGCCCAGUUACUGCAAAAAUUAUGAUGGUGAUAUUUUCCUGACUGCUGAAUCCUGGAAACCCAAUGUUUGUACUAGCUGUAUUUGCAUGGAUGGUGAAAUCAGCUGCUACUCUGAGUCUUGCCCACCAGUAUCUUGUGACAGACCUGUUUUGAGAAAGGGACAGUGUUGUCCUUAUUGUAUAGAAGAUACAGCAUCAAAGAAGGCAGUGUGUCAUUUUAAUGGGAAAACAUAUGCAGAUGAAGAACGUUGGGACAUUGACAGCUGCACACACUGUUAUUGUCUGCAGGGUCAGACCCUUUGCUCCACGGUCAGUUGCCCUCCCCUUCCUUGUGUGGAGCCCAUCAAUGUGGAGGGAAGUUGCUGUCCCAUGUGCCUAGAAAUGUAUGUGCCUGAACCUACCAACAUUCCAAUUGAGAAGACAAAUCAUAGAGGAGCCAACGAACUCGAAUCGCCAGUUUGGCCUACACCCAGUAAAAAUGACAUUGUUCAUAUCCAUAGAAAUAUGGGUCAUCUUCUGGGGGAUUAUAGAGAAACCAGAGGAUCGCAUCCAAGUGCAGAUGCAUCUCUUAAUUCCCUUGCCUGGGUGACAGUGCCCAUCAUGACAGCUCUAGUUCUUAUCAUAGCACUUCUACUUGUCAAUCAGAAAAAGCAAUGGAUACCAGUAUCCUGUUACAGAUCACCAACAAAGCCUUCCUGCCUAAACAAUCAACUUGUGUAUGUAGACUGCAAAAAAGGAACGAUGGUUCAGGUGGACAGUUCUCAGAGGAUGCUCAGAAUUGCUGACCCAGACUCAAGAUACAGUGGAUUCUACAGCAUGCAAAAACAGAACAACUUACAGGCAGAUAAUUUCUAUCAGACGGUGUGAGAAGUUGUGCCCUUACCAAGAAAUUAAGAAGAAACAAAGACUGAGUCUGCUAUUAAAAUAAGACUAGAAUUGUGCACUUGCUUAGUGGAUUGUAUUGGAUUUGUGACUUCAUGUACAGCUCUAAGACCUUACUGGGAUGGGCUCUGACUCCUGCACUGUGCCAGAACAAGCAUUCCCAUUUCUCCUUGCGAUAACUGACCAAGUGUUUUCUUAGAACCAAAGUUUUAAAUCUUGUUAAGAUGUUUUGCUUGUAACAUAGUAAUAGAGAUUGUUUAGAAAGGGGAAAUUGGGUUUGGGUUUGAGUGUUAAAAACAGGAAUACUCAAAAGAAGAAAAGCUGAUCAGCUUGGCAUGGAGUCAAAGAAGAAAAGAAUAUAGUUUUUUCCUAUCACUCCAAAAUAGCAUCUAUUGCAGUGAAGUAUAAGCAUAACCAUACCUGAACUGAAAUAACAAACUCUUUUUUUUUCAGCUGUACUACAAAAGAUAGAACCUGUCACAUCAUAGGUGUGGUAUAGCCACAACUAUGUUUUUCUAUCUGAUCAGAAGCUACAAUAGCUAAUGACAUAAUGAGGAAAACGUUAAAACAGAUGCAAAGGGCAAAUUAUUGAAGAUGUGUACAAUUAUAACUUGUGCUGCUUUUUGUUUUUCCUUUUGAUGCUAAUUGUCAAGUUUUUGGCAGUCAGCAAAAGUGGCUAAAGGACUGUAUAAUUCCUGCUAUCGAGCACUGGAUCUUUUGACAACAGUAUUGGAGAGGGAACAAAAGAAAGGCAACAUUUAAAACACCAUCUGAUUCCAGAGCUUGUGUGUGUGUUGUGUGUGUGUUGUGUGUCUUUUUUUUUUCCUUUUACCAUUGUGUAUCAGUUUCAGGUGGUUCAAAGAUUUUUCAUUGGAGGAAAAGAAAUAGAUUUUGUUGGAUGAAGAUCUUGCUCAGAUUACUUUUUUAUCAUGUUAAGUUUUUUUCCUGUUACCAAUUAUGCAGACUAGAAACAACUUCCUUGCUAGGAAGCUGCUUAAUUUUAAUUGUAUAUUAUUCAAGCACCUUUUUGGAAGCUGAGAAAGAAAGGAGAUUGUGCUUCUUUAAAACUUUAGCUUUAUAGAAAUAUUUAUGUAAAUAUAGUUAUGCUGGAAACAAAGCAUUUGUAUGUCUUUGUGUGUAUAUGUGUACAUAUGUAUGUGUAUACAUAUGCACCCUAUAUAUGUGUAUAUAUAUGUAUAUAUACAGUAUAUAUAUGGUAUUUAUAUAUACAGUAUAUAUCAGUAUAAUUUUGUAUUUUUCCCUGUUGAAUGUAUUUUUAACUGAGAUUUUACCCAGAACAGAAACAGGCAUUCCACAUAAUUGCAUAAUCAUUUGUACUUAGGAAAGACCUACAAUUUUAUUUGAUUGAAAGUGUGAGUAUGCAAGUGUGUGUGCACGCGUGCCCUUGUGUUUGCAUAUGUGUACAGUAUGUGCACAAUUUUAGCAGUAAGCAUUACUCUUGCUACUUGCUACAUUUCAGGGUGUGUUUCUUUUUCUUUUCCUGCAUGGCCUUAAAAAGGCCGUUAAUUCAAUGCAUUGGCUAGAUACACUGAUAACAUACAGGCAGCACUCAUCAGUUCCACAAAAUAACAGCAUCUGUACUUGGAUAUAUUUGAAAACAGUUCUUUGAAACAAUUACUAGAAUAAAAUCUACAACUAGCUGGAAGUUUGUUGCAGCUUGACUCAUAACUUAAACUAUAACAUACAACAUUAACUUUUCCAAACAGGUCUUGGCACUUUUUUACUAACUGCCCAUUUAUGUGUUGCCUCUUUCUUUUACAGUUGCUUGUCAUAAGACACAGAUACCCAGUAUGCGUAAUGUGAAAAGAAAAUGUAUUUUUUUGUAAAGAAACUCUCAAGUAUUGUUGUAAAUACUUGGUCAGAGGUUACUGAACUUUAAAAAUGAAAAACCUAAUUUAUUAUAUGACCUAAUUUAUUAAUCUGAAGAUUAACAAAUGUCUUGUUUUAGAAUAUCAAAAAGUGUUCUAACUGUUCGCAUCAAAGAGAAAAAUAGGUGUAUCAUAAAGGCUCAACUUUCUUUCUGUUUAUAAAUUCAGUUUCCAAAAAACAAAGAGAAUAAUGUAGUUUCCCCCUCCCCCAAGCAUUUUAUACUUGUAUGACAACACUGAAACCAAUGUUACUGUUCAUUUAUUACCCAGAUUCUGUCAAAUCAUCCAUUCCUUUCACAAGAGUAAGCAGUCUUUAUCCAGAAAUUGUAAAUGCUUGCUUUUAUUUUACAAUCAAGGCCAUAUUCUGAGAAAUAUUAGCAGGAUAUAGGACAUGGUGUAAAAUGUUUUAUUAUUAUUAUUUUAUAUUAUUAUUAUUAUUAUUAUUAUUUUGAAGAUAUUAUUUAUCCUAUGUGCUGUAUCCAUUACAUUCUUUUACCUUGGUUCCUGUUGUGCUCUUGUAAGAGAAAUGCAGAUACAAUUUUCUGGAAAAAUUAAAUAGAUGCAUAUGUGGCACUUGGAGUGCACUGCAAUUUGGCAGAUUGCUUGUUUACUUUUUAAAAUGUAAGAUGGUUUCUUGUAAUUUGGCUCUUGGCAGCACAAUAAAAAAUAA